UUAAAAGAAGAAAUAAAAAUUGAAUUGUUUUUGUUUUACAUUAUAAUUCAAAAAUUUGUAUUUUAUAAUUAUUUACAUGUAGGAUAAUUGUUAAGUUUUUGGAACUAAAAUCUGGCUUAAAUAAGUAACUUAUAGUACCAAUCAAAGUGUUUAAAUACAAUACAAUAAAUUUUAUAAAAUAAAAAGGAAAUAAAUGUAAAUAGAUUUCAUUUCAAAACUUUACAAUGGAACUGCAAGACAUCUACUACAAUAAAUUUGAAUAUGUUGAAACUGCAUCAGGGAAUAAAGUAAGCCGUCAGACUGUUUUGUGUGGAUCUCAAAAUAUAGUAUUACAUGGUAAAGUAAUUGUACAAAGUGAUGCUAUUAUCAGAGGAGAUUUGGCAAGUGUUAAAACAGGUCGGUUCUGCAUUAUCAGCAAAGGAUCAGUAAUACGACCACCUUUUAAAAAGUUCAGCAAAGGAGUUGCAUUCUUCCCCUUACAAAUGGGAGACCAUGUGUAUAUUGGUGAAAACACAGUUGUAAAUGCAGCUGUUGUUGGCUCUUAUGUGUAUAUUGGAAAAAAUGUUGUCAUAGGUAGAAGAUGUGUGCUUAAAGAUUGUUGCAUAAUAGAGGACAAUUCAGUGUUGGCAGCUGAAACCGUUGUUCCCUCAUUUGCAAGGUAUUCGGGAAGUCCAGCAAGAUUAGUAACAACAUUACCUGAAGCAAUGCCAGACUUAAUGACCGAAUUUACUAAAAGUUAUUAUCAACAUUUCUUACCAACUGCUGCUGUUAAAUAAUUAUAUUUUCGCCUUUAUAAAAAAAUAUAUAUAAUAUACAGUCUCAUUUAUUUAAAUGGAUCAUUUUACAUAAUAUGCA